AAUGUAGUCAUGAAGGGUCAAAAUGUAUCUCUGUUUUGUUCCAACAAGAACAAAUCACUGCAGAUCACUUAUUUGUUGUUUCGGAGUGGGAUAUUCCUGCAAUCCCAGGAAGGAAAAGGUGCCCCCACAGUUUUCAACCUGAGCAUCUCAGAAGUCCGUGAUUUGGGCCCCUACAAAUGCAAAGCCCAAGUUUCCAACUGUUCAGGAUAUAGUGGCGAGUUCAACUUCACAGCUGUGGAGCCGGUGACUGCCCCAUUGCUGAACAUUACGGUCAUUCGAACAGAAACAGGCAGACAUAUAACACUACGCUGCAUCUCCUUCAAUGGCUCACUGCCCAUCAAUUAUACUUUCUUUGAAAAAAAUGUCAUCAUAUCACCAGCUAUCUCUAAGAAUGAAAGGAAGCCUGCUGAAUUUAACUUAACCAAGAAGAACGCUGAAGAAGAGAAAGAGUAUAGGUGUGAAGCUAAGAACAGAUUGCCUAACCGUGCACUGUACAGUCAGCCUGUCACCGUGACCUCAGCAGGCAGAGACGGCUGUCCUUUCUGCCUGCAGCUUCUGCUUCCGGGGUUACUAGUGGUGCUAGUGAUAAUAAUCCUAAUUCUGGCUUUUUGGAUACCAUCAAAGUACAAAAGAAGAAAAGCUAUGAGAGGUCAUGUGUCCAAGGAUGGUGGAGACAUACCCAUGGAAGCUGGGAUUUAUGAAAAUGUCUCUAAAAAUCCAGCAGAUGAGGAAUCUGUGCCAGGCUUGGAAUCAGGGCAAGGUGUUUCCACAGCCCAAGAUGGGACCACACAGUCCCAGGAGAUCCAUUACGCCACCCCCACAUUCCAGGAGGGGACACCAGGAGAGCAAAAAGUCUGUAAUGACAGUAAAACUGGAUAUGUCUACUCUGAACUUGUCUUCGAAAGUUAA